CAGCCUUGGCAUGCUGAGCAAGUUGGUUCUGAAGGUCUAUCAGCUCGUAGACUUUGUGCUCGAUCGCAAUGAGACCCACUACGAUACCGCCUUGGUGGUUUUCCUGGUCAGUGCAUCCAUGAUCAUAGCCGGAAUACUCCUAUCUUUGAUAGUGCAGUGGCAGAUAUAUCAUAGCCCUAUCUUCGGUUCGGCCAUCAAGGCUAAUGAUCCGGUUAAGCCCAGCUACAGCUCUACUGAUGCAGAAACUACUGAUGCUGAGGAGGUCAUCACCGAGGGUGAUGCAGAGCCACAGGCCAAUGCCGAUGCCGAGGCCGAUGCCGAAGCUUUGAUGAACGAGACACUAUCGGACGAGGAGGACUCCUGUACCAGUGAAACCUCCGAGGAGAGGCCGAUUCCCAAGCAGCAAAGCCCUCGCAAGAUGUUGGCCGAGGAGUUGCCAGGAGAUAUUGAGGUGCCCAAAUUGGAGCUCGACGAAGUAGAAGUACAAUUAGAAGAAAAAGAGGAGGAGAAGGAGAAUGUGGCCCCCGUUCCGAAGAAUGCGUCGAGAGUCAAAGAGAUCGCUACUCUCUACAAGAAGGAGGAGAGCUACAAGUACUUCCGGGCCAAGGAGGCCGAGAAGACUGAGACGAUCAACAAGCUGAUGAUGGCCAAAAGCCCAAGGCCAGUGAUUUAUGACCGUCCCCGUUCUUCGAGGAGGGGUGCCAAGUAAACCCUCUCAUUUCGUUUGCAGUUAUCUUUAGUUCACUUCAGUUACUUAUAUAUUUUUAUAUUUUACCACACGUCGUUCCCUUGAAUUCUCGGCGAGUUUCCUUCUUUAAAAGAGAGACCCCAGGCAGAGAAAUUCCGUCAAAAAGCAAAGCUUAGGACAUGACUUACGAGAUGGCUCGCUAGAUUUAGGGUCUUCUCGGCAAGAACAUCGUUUUAUCGUUCGAAACGAGCUGUCCGCCCAAAAUUCCGAUUGUCAAAUGUUUCGCAGCCCCAGGGAAACCCCCUUAAAAUUGUACAAAUACACUUAAUGUUUCGAUCAAAAAUCAA